AACGCCAUACAGCAGCGACGAGGACGUCGAAGGCUGGCUGACGCGCACGGGGGUUGAUGUUGAUGCGCUCUAUGCCGACAUGAGUUACCCGAGGACAGUCCUUGCAGAUACGUCGUUCGUGCAGACCGAGGAUCGGCGGAUGAGAUGGUCGCCAGCUCAAAGUCCGUCUGGGGUGAUGGACUUCCCUGCGUGGCACUGCUACAACUGCAACAGCGCCAUGACCCAGCUGGCUCGCGACCAAUUUCAGAUCGACAAGCCUGUGAUGAUAGCGCCCGUCAACUUCUCGGUCGACCCCCCGCAUUACUGUUUGGGCCACAAUCGUAUGCAGGCGACCGUCAUCGACUUGACUUUGCUUGGGGUCACGUGUCCCUGGUACUUUGCUUGCUGCACGAUGCCAGGGAAUGAGGUACCCGACAUCAUCGGGUGCGUUAACUUCGUACCAGAUGCACUCCCAGCUGAGCCAAUCAUGGUGGACAGCGAAGGCAGCACGUCAGAUGAUUCAGACAUCGCGACCCUCAGGGCCAUCGCGAACGACGAGGGUGACAUACAGGAGGAGUUGAGCGAGCUCGCGAGGAUAGCGGCUGCACCCUGA